AUUAAGUGUCGUAAAACCUGCUUCUUUUCAAAGCUCUAUCCAGUCAUGUCGCGGAGGGUCUGUUGCCUGUAUUGUGUGGAGAAAUCCACAAUGUUUGCAGUACCGAAGGCAGAACCACGACGAAGUCAGUGGUUGACAUUCCUUUUUAACACUGUUCCAGCUGAUUUACCAGCCGGUACUGUUGUGUGUGCGCGGCAUUUCACGGACCUUAGCUUCGGACUUGCUGUAAAGCUAAUAUUGGAGGACGAUGCUGUUCCUACUUUGUUUGGACCAGCGGGAGAUUUGGGUACACAACCUAGUACAUCACAGCAGGAACACAAUACCCACCGCUCCAGUACAGUCGGAUGUCAAACAGACCGUCCACAGACUGUUAGUGUGGGAACUCAGAGGGUUGAGACACGGUCUGUGGGAACACAGACAGUGGAAUGUAAAGUGUCCGCCAUUUCUGUUGCUACACAGUUGGCCCGGGGAACACUGAAAUCGGCACACGUGAGAAGCAAAGAAAUCCCCUUGUCCUCUACACCAAUAAAGGGCCCAGGAUUGGGACCUAGCAAGAGACCUCGACUAGAGUUGGAGCAGGAACAAGGAGAGACUUCGAUUGAAUUUGAAGAGACUCUGGAUUCGAGUUACCACCCUGAUGAUACUGUAGAAGAAUCUGACGUAUCACAAUGGGAGAGCCAGCCCAUCAUUGGAAGUACCCCGGUUGGCAACUUACAAUUAUCUGCUGCUACAUACUUCACUGGUGCUUCCUUCUUCCAACUAAAAAAGAUAUGCAGAGCCAUGCAGCUGGAGAUCUUCCAGUAUGAGACCUUCAGGAGGCAUGCUAGGCAUUAUCUGGAGCCUGCUAUUAUCCACAAGUGGAAAACUGAUCAGCUGAAGAUUUUCCAGCAACUACACCACCAGGGGGGAAAGGUCACAGUUGCAGGAGAUAUGAGAGCAGACUCUCCAGGCCACUCAGCUAAGUUUGGGAGCUACACACUAAUGCACCUGGGAAGCAACACCAUUGUGGACUUCCAGCUUGUUCAGUGUACGUGGGUGAGCUGAUGAGGCUGGUGUUUGAAGAAGUCUUUGAGGACCCAACACCCUUUGUGGAGGAGAUGAAUAAAAUCAACAUCAAUCCACUCAAUUUGACAGGCCCUCAAAGGAGGAAGUGGUAGCCCGCCAUGUCUCACGUUUUAGUCUAGGGGCGGUCGGAAGCCCACGUACUGUCCAGCCAGAUCAGGGAACUCCUGGCGUAUCCGGCGGACCACACACGACGGGAUGACCACUGUGAUUCCUCGUCCCAAAAAGCCCCAGCACCAGCUUACGAAGCUGCGAUAGGCCAGAUGCCUAAAACGCCUAUAAGAGGAGGAAUGGAUGAUAACAUAUAUGUGCUGUCCUGUUUUUCACCCUUACCCUCUGGCUGCUUGAACAACUGAAUUUCCCCACAGGGAUUAAUAAAGGUCCAUCUUAUCUCAUACAGUGUAUAUAUACACAUGAUCAAUUUGUACAUUUAUCAAAAUAAAGUUUGAUGGAACUACUU